AUGAAAGAAUUAAGAAAAGUCAGUCAUUUGUCACUAAAAGCAAAGAGUAAAAUUGAAGACGAAAUGAGAAAACUUAGGGUCGAACAAUGGAAAGCAUAUAAUAGUUUAUUGAAAUCGAAUGCAGCAAGUAAAUCAUUUAUGGAAAGUUUGGGUAGAUUUUAUGAUGGAGAAUUGUACUUUUUUCUGGAAACUUUGAAAGACCACCUCAAUGAAAAGUUUAGAAAAGAAACACCUAUCUACAGACGGGAUUAUGAAAAGGCAUGGCUACAUUUCCAGGCAAGUGACACAGACAAAACAGAGGUUGAAAGGGCAGAAAAACAUAUGAGUGAUGCAUCUGUUGGGAUUGAGCAUUUUUUUCGAGAAGUAGGUCAGAUUUAUGAAGCUAGCAAAAGUAUUCAGAAUGCUAAACUUAAAAUGAAACCAGCAGAAGCAGUUGCCAGAUCCAUAAUGCUAGGCUUUCCUUUUGAGUUGAUGGAUGGCGAUGUUGCUAACGUACCUGUUGUAUGGAUAAAGCAAGUUUUUUCUGAACUAAAGAGUUCAUUGACCGAUAAAAAAAUCCUGACACUGUCAAUCCUAGGUCUUCAAAGUUCAGGAAAGUCAACAUUACUAAAUGCCAUGUUUGGAAUAUCCUUUUCAGUAAGUGCUGGCCGAUGUACCCGGGGAAUGUACAUGCAUCUGCUACCCGUAAAAACCGGAAAUUUCGAUUUCGAUUUUGUGUUGGUUGUGGACACAGAGGGACUUCGAGCUCCUGAAUUAAGUAGCCAAAAGUAUCAACACGACAAUGAGCUGGCUACAAUGGUAUUAGGAAUGGCCGAUAUUACAAUUGUUAAUAUAAAAGGCGAAAAUACCAGUGAAGUCAAUGAUAUUCUUCAAAUAUGCGUCCAUGCUCUUCUGCGAUUAAAAAUGGCUAAUAAAAAAUUGCGAUUGAGGCAGUCAUGCAUUUUCAUUCAUCAGAAUGUUUCAGCUGUCGAUGCUGAGGAUGCACUGUUUUACGCAAGGAAAAAAUUACACGAGGAACUUGAUCGUAUAACGUUAGAGGCGUCCCAGUUGGAAAAUAAUGAUGUAAAACAGUUUAAGGAUAUAAUUGAUUUUGAAAGCAAUGAACACGUUUGGUACUUUUCAGAUUUGUGGAAAGGUGAUCCACCAAUGGCUACUGUAAACCCGGGAUAUCACAAUAAAAUCAAAACAGUUAAAGCUGCGAUAUUCGAACGUUUAGCAAAAAGAAAAACAUCGUAUUUAAACAUAGCUGAUACUAUUACUCAUUUUGAAGAUCUUUGGAAUGGCAUAUUAGCAAAUGACUUUGUUUUCAGUUUUCGAAACAGCUUAGAAAUAAGAAACUACAACGCUUUAGAAGAUAGGUUUACAGCGUUUGUUUGGGAACUUGAGAAGUUCAAAAAUAACUUAGUUCGUGAAUUCAAACAUGACAUAAAGCAAUGUCAGUCUUACAGAGAACUGUCUACAGGCACGAAAGGUUUCCGAGAAAAGUGUGAAAUACGAUUUGGCGAUAAAAUAAGCGAAAUUAAGAAAAAAUUGAUUGCGUAUUUUGAGGAUAGCGAUAAUAAAUCAGAUAUUGCACACUGGAAAGAUCAAAAACUUCAAUCCUGGGAAACUUAUGCCAAAGACUUCAAUAUAAAACUUCAGAUUGAAAUGAAGUAUUUACAGGAUCACAUGUUGGUAGAUCUACAAAUGAGCGAAGCAUUCGAUAGAAACAAAAGAGAAAUUGCCGACAAAGCUUCAAUUUUAGCGGAAAAAAUAAAAGGAAACACACCCACAAAGGAAGAGAUGGAAUCCACUUUCGAGUCAUUGUGGAGCAAGUGGAUAGCAAAAUGGGAUGUUGAAGAGGAUAAAGAAGAUGAAGAUGAUAUCCAAGCAACAUUAAAGCAUAUUUUGAAUGAUAGGUUUCACCGCAACUCGCAUUUAAUUGGUCCAGAACUGGAUGCUCAUCCUUGGCAUGAUAGAAAUAUGCAAUAUCGAUGUUUGGAGAAAAGUCUCGACAAUGUUGAUUUUAAACCUUAUAUAACUGUUAGAUGGGAAUUAUUUAAAAAAGCAAAAUCUGAGCAGCAAAAAGUGAAUGUAUAUCAAAUAUGCUAUCAAAUUGUUUUGCAAAUAAUCAAUAGCAUAUUCAGAGAAGUUGAUACCAAAUUAACAGAUUUAUCCAAAACAGAUUGGAAAUUCAAUAAAACGGACGUAAAAGAAAUAUCUAACUGCAUCUUAGAACAUAUUGAACAACAUAACAGGGACGGAAACAAUGAAUUUUACAUUACAGAAGCAUGCAAAGUGAAAUUAAAUGUUGUUGUAUUUGGGCAAUCAUUACCAUUAUUUAAAAAGUUAACAAAACAAUACCAAGACAAAUACAGUAUGAAGGAGAAACUUAACAAACACAGAGACAUUGUGUGGGGACAUUUUUCUGAUAUUGUCCAACAAAAAACUUCAGAUAUUGUUGCAAGAAAUAGAUUUUGCGAAAUUAUCCGUGAAAAUGUCGAGGAAUACGUUAGACAGCAACUGUCUGACUUGGUAUUUACAUAUAUUGUUGACGAGUUCUCAGCGGCAAAACAUGAACUAAACAUCAGAAUAUUAACGGAUCUUGCUGAACAAGACGACUUUGGUCAAUGUGUACAAUAUGUAAACGAUGUGUAUAACUAUUCUUUUCGUUGGAUGGAACGGUUUAUUAAUAAGAGAUGUUUUGCAGAACCUCCUCAUGGAAAGUAUUAUUAUUUUGCAGAAAUAGAAACCAGGAAAAUAAUAACAAAAAUUUUGGAAUUUGUUAGAAUAGAAGGUCAAUUAGAUCUGAAAGAAUGGAUUGGUCAAUUUCAAAUUAAAAUAAGAAAUGAUUUGCCAAUUCAACCAGAAGCGUUUUAUCUCGUUCAUGGACAAACAGUCUCAGACAUGGACGACUUUCAGAAUAAGAUACUUGAAGAUCUGUGUGACGUGCGUCAGCGAAUCGUCGAAACAUUUUUUCAAGACACAGCAGAUUCAAUAACAUGGCAAAAUCCUACUCCGUACAACAAAGUGAUGGAGAAAUUAUGGGGAUGUAAAAGUGUUUGUCCUUUCUGUAAGGAACCAUGCAAAUGGAACUCCAUCCAUGAGGGUUCUCCACAUUCUUGUAUACAGCAUCGUGCUACAGGAUUAUCUGGAUGGCGUUUUAUAGUCAGUGAAAUUCUUAUUAUUGAAAGCUGUUCAUUUAACGUCCAAUCAAAUAACUCCUUUAAAUGCGGUAGUAGUGGAUUAUGUAACCGUGAUUCAAACAAAUGCUCAAAAACUGGGAAAACUGAGAAAUAUCAUCCUUAUAGAAAUUACGAACAGUUUGUACCAGAUUGGGACAUUCAUCCUUGUCCUAGCGUAUCCUCCUCCGUAUACUGGGCAUGGAUGUUGUGUAAGUAUAAUGAAAAACUAGCUGAAUAUUACGGUAUAGUAAAGGCUGAAAUUCCAGUAGGCUGGAAUUCAUAUUCCAAGGAAGACGCCAUUAAGAGUUUAAGGGAGUACUGA